UUAACAAUUUUAACGUAAUCGAUAAAUUGGUAGAAUUCAGUCUUAUAGAAGAUAUAGUUAACAACCGACUCGUUAGAGUCUGGCCUAGUAGAAUGAUGGUUAGUUCAGUCAAUGCUUCGGAAGCAUUGAACGAUCAGCUCCGAGCUCUCUGUCUGAAGGAGUACCCAUUUGGAUCGGGGUCAUGGCAAAUGUCACCAAAGCUUCCGUUAGCAACUCGAAUGUACUCGAAUACAACAACAGAGUAUGGGAGUGAGAAAGAUCACGUGGAAACCCUUAACCAGCUGAUCACUAAUUUCAAGUCUCCUUGGUACUCGGAAUCAGAAUGGAGCGAGGAACUUCCCUCAUUGAAAAAACUGGCAAUCACUGAUCCACACAAACUGACGCCCGAUUUUCUGCAGAAGACUUUUAGAACACUUCGACUAAUUGAUAAGAAUGUGACGAACAUAGACGAGAAGCUUCUGGAUUUGAAAAAUCUUGAGGAGCUUUCAUUGAGUGCAAAUUACAUUUCGAUAAUCAAGUCAGAAUUCUUGCCGCCCAAAUUGAAGGUUUUGGAACUGAAUGCAAAUUUGAUAUCGGACAUCGAAAGUCUGAUCAAGAAUCCGCCCCCUCUUCAGCACCUCGGACUUGCCAAAAACAGCCUCGAGAAUCUAUCCAGUCAUAUUUCCAUUACAUAUUGGCCUAACCUGAUGUCUCUGGAUCUAGGAGACAACAGUCUCACGGAUCUGCUGCUGCUAGUGGAAAAUCUAAAAACUCUUCCCAAGUUGAGGACUCUGCUCCUCUGUGGAAACCCAGUCUCAUUGAUGCCAAGUUACCGUGGCUACACAGUCGACAGUCUCGGAAGUCUCACCAGUCUGGAUGACGUCAUAAUCACUGCCGACGAGAGACACGACUUCAAAGGCCUGAACAAGAGAGGGACUGAGCUACUGAAGAACGAGGCCAGGCUUACAAUUAAACUUCCCUUUGUUAGGGGCCUGCCUAAUCCAGCCGCCGAGGUAGAUGAGGCCGGUGCCUCUGAGUUCCCAGUGAUUGAGAGGAAAUACUAUCUCAAGUUUCCAUUCAUCUCCAAUGUAGAGAAGCGACUGCUCAAGUCAAGUGAAAUGCUAAAUGAAGGCCAGGAGAAAGAAAAUGCAGCCAAAAAGGCUCCAAAGGGCAAAGCAAAGUCACCAGUGCAAAAGUCAAUCGAAGAGCUGGAGCAAGAACGUUUGGACAAAGAAAAAGCGGCUGAGGCUGAAAGAGUGAGAAUAGCCGGACCUCCUAACAUUGUGUCCUUCUCAACUUGCAAACUAGACUACGACCUAGACCAGCUGUCGUUCGAACACGAGGAACAGUUCAGAGUUGUGGCGCUGCUGCAGCUAAAACAUCUGUUCACAGAGGGGCUGAAGAUGCAACUCAUAGAAGAGAAGACUCUUUACUACCCUGCUGGACAAACCCCAGAAGAACUGGCUGUGGAAAGAGCCACAUCUGGAAAGAAAAGCGCGCCUAAGUCUCGACGGACUUCGAGACACUUCGACCAAUCAGGACAUCUCUUUCAGUCGCAACGUAGAAGGUCUAGUCGACUGUUGACUGUAGGCCAGUUAAACCAACUAGGAAGACGCCGAUCUAGUCAAAUGAGUGCGACCGACAGGGGCUCUACUCCUUUGAAGCCAGGCCAGUUGGGGGCUAAGAUGGCGGCGACUGCGGGAGGAGCAGCGGCCAAGAAGGCCAGCACCCACUCAGGUGGCCAAGGGUCUGAUCUGACCAAGUAUUCUUGUACUGAAUCGUGUGUGGGAUCUGCCGUGCUACACUUGAAGAGUCUCCUAACAUCAUGUGAACAGACUAAAGUCAAGGCCGCUCUCCACUUGGGAGGGGGACCGAUGCGCCCAGAGGACUUGGAAAUACUGGAUACUCCCCCGGCAACUGCUGCCAGUGAUAUGAAAAAGGAUAAGAAGGACAAGAAAAAGGCAACGAAACCCAGUGGUGGUAAAGACAAGAAGAAGGGCUUGGGAAUGGGAGAGGAAGAAGCUGAAGUGUUGCCCCCACCCAUAGUGCUUCUAGCAGAGGUGGAUCUAAGACGCUGGACCAAAACUAAACAGUUCGUCAAAGAACACGACCAGUGGUUUUAAAAAUGAUAUUACAUCAUUGAAUGACAUUUAAAACAGAGCGAAUUCAUUUCAAAAAGUGUCUUGGAACUAAAAUUUAACUUGGGAUGUCACUAAGAUAGUGCUCUGUUCGCAUAAAUUGGAUCCCAAAUUUCAAUGGCAUAUCAUCAAACUCAAUCAUAGUAAGCUGCUACCGACGAUUCCAUGCUUAUCUGUCAGGAAUUUGCAUAUCGCCCCUAUAGGAUAGUUUCUUGAAUCAUUUCAACUCAUAGGUGUUGUAUAUUUUGGAAUUGAAUUGUAUAUAGCUGUAUAUAUGUGAAAUUCAUCAUAGCUGGAUAGCGAAUAAAUUGUUUAUUCUGUA